ACACACACACGCACGCACACACGGUAGUGCUUGGCAAGCACAGAUGUCAUACAUCAAGACAGAUCAGAGUUCAUCACCUCCUCAGACUGUGCACGAUUGUCUCUGACGGUUGAUUUGGGCUGCACUUCUCAGUCUCUCCAUCUCUUUUCUCCUUCUCUCUCUCUUCCUGGAGCCUCCUGGAGUUGACUGUAAACACUCCUGAUCCGGCUGCGCCAUGCUCGACCCCGCGGCAGAGCUGCCUUUCUUCUAUGGCAGCAUCAGCCGCUCAGACGCUGAGCAGUACCUGAAGCUAGCGGGGAUGAGUGACGGUCUGUUCCUGCUGCGUCAGUGUCUGCGCAGUCUGGGCGGAUACGUGCUGUCUCUCGUCUGGAACCUGGAGUUUUAUCACUACCCGGUGGAGAAACAGCUGAAUGGGACGUACUGCAUCGCGGGUGGAAAGGCCCACUGCGGCCCAGCGGAGCUCUGCGAGUUCUACAGCAAGGACGCGGAUGGCCUGAUGUGCGUGCUCAGGAAGCCGUGUCUCCGCGGACCAGACACAGCCAUCAAACCCGGCGUCUUCGAAAACCUAAGGGAAAACAUGCUGCGCGAGUAUGUCCGCCAAACCUGGAACCUGGAGGGCGAGGCCAUGGAGCAGGCCGUGAUCAGUCAGGCUCCUCAGUUAGAGAAGCUGAUUGCCACCACGGCCCAUGAGAGGAUGCCGUGGUUCCACAGUAAAAUCCCGCGUCAGGAGGGAGAGAGGAGACUCUACUCGGGCUCUCAGCCAGACGGAAAGUUCCUAGUGAGAGAACGAGACGAGUCUGGCACCUUCGCCUUGUCUUUGUUGUACGGAAAAACUGUCUACCAUUACCAGAUCCUUCACGAUAAAUCAGGGAAAUACAGCAUGCCUGAAGGAACCAAGUUCGACACCGUGUGGCAGCUGGUCGAGUAUCUGAAAAUGAAGCCUGAUGGUCUGGUCACGUUACUGCGCGAGAUGUGCGUAAACCAGAACAAUGCAUCAGAGGCUCCAGCCGUGCCUGCGCUUAGGAGAGCCAGAGCUAAUGGCUACACACCGCCCCCUGAAGUUCCUAGAGCUCUGCCGAUGGACAGCGAAGAGUUCGUCAGCCCGUACGCUGACCCGAAGGAGCUCCAGGAUAAGACGCUCCUCAUUAAUCGAGAAAAGCUGAUGGUGGACGAGGUGGAGCUCGGAUCUGGAAACUUUGGCUGCGUGAAGAAAGGAGUCUAUAAGAUGAAAAGCAAACACAUCGACGUAGCCAUCAAGAUUCUGAAGAGUGAAAACGAGAAGGGAGUGAAGGAAGAGAUGUUGCGUGAGGCUGAUAUCAUGCACCAGCUGGAUAACCCCUACAUAGUCCGCAUGAUCGGACUGUGCGAGGCCGAGGCGCUGAUGCUGGUGAUGGAAAUGGCGCCUGCCGGGCCUCUCAACAAAUAUCUCUCCAGCAGGAAAGACCAGGUGUCAGUGGAUAACGUGGUGGAGCUGAUGCACCAGGUCUCAUUGGGGAUGAAGUAUUUAGAGGAGAAGAACUUCGUGCACAGAGAUCUGGCGGCUCGAAACGUUCUGCUGGUCAACCAACAUUACGCCAAGAUCAGUGACUUUGGGCUCUCCAAAGCGCUCGGUGCAGACGAUAACUAUUACAAGGCACGAACAUUAGGCAAAUGGCCUCUAAAAUGGUACGCUCCGGAGUGCAUCAACUACCACAAGUUCUCCAGUAAAGGCGACGUGUGGAGCUUUGGGGUUACCAUGUGGGAGGCGUUUUCCUACGGAGGGAAACCUUACAAGAAAAUGAAGGGUCCCGAGGUGAUCAGCUUCCUCCAGAGCGGCAACCGGAUGGAGAGUCCAGCUAACUGCCCGGAGCCCAUGUACGAGCUGAUGAAAGAAUGCUGGACGUUAAAGUAUGAAGACAGGCCAAGUUUUGUGAAAGUGGAGGAGAAGAUGAGGACCUACUAUUACUCCAUUUCUAAGAAGAAUCCCACUGAGGAGAAUGGAGAGGCAGCGAAACCGGAGGGGGCUGAGAUUUGAACCUUUUUUCCCAGGAAUUACUAACAACCUGAUGUGCUUAAUUGUGAGUGUGUGGUGUGUGUGUAUUUUACAAAAUAUCUGCAUAGUGAUUGCAUAUGCUCAUUACAGGACUCGCUGUGUUUCAAAGCUGGCGAAAAGCGGAAGCUCUGUCUUUAUAACAUACAUGAAGUGUUGUUUUUAACAUCCUCUAUGACAUAAUGAUGCAAGUUAAACUGUUUGUCUUUCUAAGAAUGAACGUCUUGCUCUCAUCUUUGCCACUUUGUCCUUUUUCCACGAACUUUGCAGCUAUGGUAUGUGGUAAAGCUGAUAUAAUAACAGAUAUUGAAUUAACAGCGUCUUUUAAUGCUAAUGUUGUUGGGCCGUAAUAAAGUGUUCUUAAUUCAUGUAAGAAAUAUUGCAGAAUUGAGGUCGAAUUGGGUUGAAUUCAAAUCUCAGUCAAACUCAGUUUUCUAUUAAUAUUUUACACUUAUGUGUGAAUUCUUAUGUUGUUGUUUUUUUUUGUUGUUGUUGUCAUAUUUACUUUUUAAUAAACUAUGCAAAUACUGUC